UUACGUCAGAGUCGUUUUGACAAGCAUGAGGCGCAUACUCAGUGCGAAAUUAUUAAAUCAUUUCAGUCUGCUGGGAAAAAAUAGGCCGUUUCAGGACUGUCCGACAGCGUGGAAACAAAACACGUUUGCUGUGAAUUUCUGCAGGAAAUCCACCACAGACGAAAGCAGCAUGGAUUUGAGCAACAUGAGGAAGAAGUACCGAGGAGACGAAGAGUGCUUUGAGGAGAGUCAGCUCGUGUCUUUUGACCCAAUCAAACAGUUUGGAAAUUGGUUUGAUGAAGCCACAAAGUGUCCUGAAAUUGGGGAGCCAAAUGCAAUGUGCAUUGCAACUGCAAACAGGGAUGGCCGUCCAUCAGCUCGUAUGGUCCUCCUGAAAGGCUACAGCAAUGAAGGUUUCCGUUUCUUUUCAAACUAUGAGAGCAGAAAAGGAACAGAACUGGAGAGUAAUCCAUAUGCCUGCCUGGUCUUCUAUUGGGAGCCCCUUAACAGACAGAUUCGAAUUGAGGGUUCAGUGGAGCGGAUCCCCUUCCAGAGCUCCUGUGAUUACUUCCAUUCACGGCCCAAGAGUAGCCAGAUCGGAGCUGUUGUGAGCCGACAGAGCACUCCGGUGCCCAACAGAGACUAUCUACGGCAGAAGAACGCAGAACUGGAGGAGAAGUACAAGGACAAAGAGGUUCCUAUGCCUGACUACUGGGGCGGUUACCUUGUAAAGCCUUACCUCAUAGAGUUCUGGCAAGGUCAAACCAACAGACUUCACGACCGCAUUGUUUUCACUAGAAUGAAGGAGGGGGAGAAACUGGGGGAGUUUCAGCACGAGGCGGAGGCAGGCUGGGUGUACCAGCGGCUGUCUCCAUGACGACGGACCGUCCACCGAAGUUUCAUUCAUCAUGUCGUGUGAUCAAGAGAAGUUUUACAGCUCAUAUGAAACAACAUGUCAAAGUGCUGCUGACCGUGUUUUUGGUGUCCCUACAUGUCACCUUUUAGUCUCUGAGCUAAACUGAGUGUGCAGCUAAACGUGUGCAGCUCAACCUGACUGUAAUAUACGUUUCAUUAUAUGUUGAUGGGAGGAAAAUGUAUUAAGCCGCACAGAAAAGUGAUCUGCUCCUGUAAGGUAAUGAUUGACAGCCCAAUACUGUUGAUUUAAACUCUGUUGACCUUUGGAACAAAUUGUGUUUCGUAGGAUCAGCACUUGGGAUUGAACUUCCAGCUACUUAAUAUCUAAACUUUGUCUAUUUUCUUUUUUUUUUCAAAUUCAGGUCUAUAAUUUUCCAUAACUUUCCACGAAGUUGUGCAACAACCAUAUCUUAUCGUUUAAUAGCUAUAUGGAAAGUGGAACAUUUUAGUUUCUAUGUGAAAGAGGGGAUCUGUUUGAACCCUGAUAGCUCCACACAGUUAUGACUUUAUUGCACUUACAUGGAAAGAUAAAAAAUAAUUCACCUUUUGCCAAGUCUUCUGUUUUGAUAAGCGCUGUAAUGUUUAUGGUAGUUAUGGAGAAUUGACAGCACUUCUAAUAAUUAUGUUACAGUAUAAACUCUGGUAGAAAUGAUAAAAACCAAUGGAAUCCCUACAGAUAAACAUUUUAUUAACAUAAUACAAAUAUUUAGUUAUUUCAUAUAUUAUUUCAUAAAAAAUCGUUAAUUUCUGCUUUCUCAUGACUUGCAAAGAACUUAUAAAAUACUUUUGAUUCUAUUAAACAAAUAAAAUAAAACUAAAAAGCAUAAAAAAUAAAAUAAGUUGGUGAAAUAAUAAGAGAAUUACAUUUUUUUUUUAGAAAUAUAAUGAUGAAUCACAAAUAAUGUCUUAUUUUUUGGAAGUAAAGAAAAUGUGUUUCCUUGAUGGUCAGGUGGGUUAAACUGGACAUGGAUGGGUUGUUUUAGAAAUAAUAAACUGGAUUAAAAAUAAAAAAAUAAAGGAAAUAAUGUUUGCAUUUGUGCCAACUAAAAAGAAAAUAAAUGUGUUUAAAAAUCUAAGAAAAUACAUUCAUGAAAGAUGUCUGUUCUUUUGUGGCCAGAAGAGGGCAGUAGCGCCUCAAAGACAACCAAUAAAAACGCCUAAACUAAUAAAAAAUAAAAA